AUGUUUGCAGAAACAUCCAGACUUAUCCACGAUAUCAGUAUCAGCUCCAAGAGCACCCAGAGUUGCCAAAAUCAGUUGGAGCUCCAAGAUCUCUCCUUCUCUGCCCUAGAAAAAAGGCUUCUCCCCCGACUUAAGGCGCCAAAGAUCGCCCUUAAAGCUAGACUUCUACCCUGACUUAAGGUCUAACAAACCCUAACCCAACAAACUGGACUGCUGCCCUGACUUCCAACAUCGCCCCAAAACCCAGACUUUCCCCUAAAUGUUGCCCACAAAACUAAACACAAAACUAGAGUUUUCCAUUC